ACAUAACAUUGAGACAAAAUGGCAGGGGACGCCCAUAGAUGAGCUGAACAGACUACCCCAGUGUGCCCCUCCUCUGUCCCACCUGAAAUCAGCACCUCAUCACACUGUCACAGUCAGGGUGAGUCAACAGCCACUUCUUCUUUUGUGGAUCUUUGUAUUUGCUAAUACAGAUAUGUUCAUGAUGACCUGCUGAAGUUCAAACUAAGCAUCAGAAUGAAAGGUUAUUUAAGUGAAUUUGAACGUGUCAUGAAUGUUGAUGGCUGCUCUGUGUAUUUCAGGCUAUGGGGAAUUAAAUAAAAUGUUUUCCAUCCAGCAUGCUUUAAUAUUUGUAAUUCAAAAGUUAUUACUUUGGAAAAAAAAAGACUCCUAAAGAAAUAAAGCAAUUUAUUUAAAUCACAUUGCUGACUACUGAGCCUUGUUAACCUAUGAGGCAGAUUUUGUUUAACUCACCAUAAUUAUCUGUUCAAAUGUUAUUCUAAUAAAGGAUGAUGCUGAAGCUGAUAGUAAACUAAGGUUGUUAUUGCAAAAGGAAUCUGCAUUUCUUUGUUUGGCUGUAAGCCUAUUAGUGUGUGUCAUCCCCUCACUGAUACCUGGGAGUCUCUCGAGAGCACGUUUAGGACAGAUGAGCACAGAGCAUAGCAGCACCAGCUGUUUCAGGUGAACCAGGGGAAUGUCUUCCUUUGUUACUGUCUCACUCUUUCAGUCUUUUAAUACUUGUGCUUAUCUACUGGGAUUUUCCUACACAGGCAUCUCUGGGUUUUACAGAGAAUAAUGUGAAAAAGAGAAAAUAUUCAGUGAAUGGCGGUUCUCUGGCUAAUAAGGGCAUGUCAGAGUUAAAUGCCCAGAGAUCUUCAGUCUCAUAGGAAGCCAACAGUAACUCACAUAACCGGUUGUUACAGGCAAAGUAUGCAGAAGAGCAGCUCUGAAUGCACAACAUGUUGAACCAUGAAGCAGACGGGUUACGGCAGCAACAGACCACACUAAGUGCAACUCCUGUCAGCUAAGAACAAGAAACUGAGGCUACAGUUAACAUGGGCUCACUAAAAUGAUCCAAUAGAAGAUUGGAAAGACUUUGCCUGGUCUGACGAGUGUUGAUUUGUACUGUGACAUUCUGAUGGUAGAUUCAGAAGUUGAAUUAAACUGCAUAAAAACCUGGCUCCAUCCUUCCUUGCAUUAACUGUCCAGGCUGGUGGUGGUUGUAAUAGUCUAUGGGAUAUUUUCUAGGCACACUUUGGUACCAACUGAGGAUUGUUUCAACAUGACAGCCUACCUGAGUGUUGUUGCUGACUAAGUUUAUCUAUCUCUGAAUGAUCCCAGUGCACAGGCUAUCAUCUUUCUGUUUCCAGCAGGAUAAUGCAUCAUGCAUCAAUGUGUCAUAAAGCUCAGAUAAUCUCAAACUGAUUUCUUGAACAUCACAAUGAGUUCAUUGUACUCAAAUGACCUCCACAGUCACCAGAUCUCAGUUCAACAGAGCACCUUUGGGAUGUGGUGGAACAGGAGAUUUGGAUCGUGGCUGUACAGCCGACAAAUCUGCAGCAACUGUGUGAUGCUAUUAUAUCAACAUGGACCACAAUGUUUGAGGAAUAUUUCCAGCACCUUGUUGAAUCAAUGCUACAGUAAUUAAAGCAACUCGGAAGGCAAAAGGAGGUCCAACUCAGUACUAGCAAGGUGUACCUAAUAAAGUGUCUGACAGAUCUCCUCAGGGAGGGAGAAGUCCCUGUCCCAUACCCUACCAAGUUCAAGGAUGCAUGGGAUGAUUUGUCAGUGAAGAUGCCCUGCUCUGAGAAGAAUCUGUUUCCUAUGGAGACCGAGGAUGGAAAUGGCGUCCAAAGUCGAUGGGACCUGAUCCGCACUGCUUUGCAGAGGGGGUUCAAAAGUUGUCUGGAUGUGAGGGAUGCAAUCCUUAGGUAUAACACAGCCCAUGCAAAGAAAUGGGACUUCACUGCCCUGAACCUUCUUUGUACAGAGUGUCUUGAACAUUGUGAGGUACAGCAACUGUUUGAUACCGUACUACCUGCUAUGGUUGCUCUUGCACUUAAAGCUCCUCGGCUGUGCACAAUGCCAAUUCCUUUACUUAAGUCAAGGAUGAAUCAGUCUCUGACCCUUUCUCAGGAGCAAAUAGCCUGUCUUUUGGCCAACGCCUUCUUCUGCACAUUCCCUCGACGCAACUCCCGCAAGUCCGAGUAUGGCAAUUAUCCUGAGAUCAACUUCUACAGGUUGUUUGAAGGUCCUUCACCAAGAAAAAUUGAGAAAUUGAAAACUCUGCUGUGUUACUUCAGGAGAGUUACAGAGACUACACCCAAGGGUCUUGUUACAUUUACAAGACAAACACUAAACAAUCCACCAGACUGGGAAAGCUCUCAGACUCAGCUGACACGCCUGCAUAUCACUUGUGAAGGGACAAUUGAGGAACAUGGAUAUGGAAUGCUCCAGGUGGACUUUGCCAACAGAUUUGUAGGUGGUGGAGUCACAGGACAUGGACUGGUCCAAGAAGAAAUCAGGUUCCUUAUCAACCCUGAACUCAUUAUCUCUCGCCUCUUUACUGAAGCUCUUGAAUACAAUGAAUGCCUCAUCAUCACAGGAGCUGAACAAUACAGUAAAUACUCUGGCUAUGCUGAGAGUUACAAAUGGGUGGGUAUCCACAAAGACGAGACACCCAGGGAUGACUGGCAGAGAAGAUGUACAGAGAUUGUGGCCAUUGAUGCUCUUAAAUACAGGCACUUCCUGGAACAGUUUCUGCCCGAGAAGAUGACCAGAGAACUCAACAAGGCAUACUGCGGAUUCCAUCGAAAUAAUGCCAACAGGAAGCACCUCUCUGCAGUGGCCACAGGCAACUGGGGCUGCGGAGCUUUUGGCGGAGACACACGGCUCAAAGCGCUGAUUCAAUUCAUGGCAGCAGCAGAGGCUGGGCGAGAUGUGGCGUAUUUCACAUUUGGAGAUGCUCAGCUGAUGAAAGAUGUUCAUGAAAUGCACGCUUUCCUCACCGAGAGUCUGGUCACCGUUGGGCAGCUGUACGACCUUUUAAACCAGUACUUCAACGAGGUGUGCAAGAAUUGUCACACGACACGACCUGACGUCAGCCUCUACAGAUUCAUCUAUGAGACAGUCUCUUCCCCAGCAGCCUCCGACACCUUGAACACUGCUAAGGAUUCUGGGAUGUCUCCUGUGACUUCAGACUCUCAUUAACAGGAAAACAACUGUAACCUAAUCUUACCUCCCUUCUCCUUUCACACUUUGUAAAAGAGGCAGUGUGCCCUUAGUAUUGUGGUUACGGUCACUUGUUUUCCCCUCUCUCUCUCUCUCUCUCUCUCUCUCUCUCUCUCUCACACACACACACACACACACACACACACACACACACACACUUUAAGUUUGUGAUCCCAACAUGCUAGCUAUCAAAACACAUUUCUGCCUUUCUCACUGGUGGUAUUAUAGGAAUCUCAUAGUACGGCACCAAAUGUGGUGACUUUUUUCAGAGACUUAUAGCAAUAGUAAAUCCUGGUUGCUGUUCUUUCUUUAGUCCAGAUGUAAUGUGGAGGGUUUGUUUUUUUUGUUUUUAUUUUACACACUAAAUACAAAUAUGCCCAAAUAUUCAUCAUAUGCAUGGUUGUGAACAAAUUUCACCAUUGAUAAUCCAGGACAUGAUAAUCCUCCCUGGUUAUCGUGUCUUGUAUUGUGUUUGCUACACUUUCUGGAUGAGUUGUGUUCUCUACUUACUGUACCCGGGCUAUGGUGAGGUGCCUGAAUGAGAUGCCAUUCUGUAGUCUAUGCAUGGGUAACAUUUAUUUAUCAAAUAUUCUACAAAUAUAUGCUGCUCUUUUAUAUCCUGUCUGAUACCGAAGUGUAACAUACAUAUUGUCCUUAAGGCAUAUUUUACUAUGGAUCACAACAAUCAAAAUGAUCACUAGUAAUGUAAAUCAUCUCAAAUUAAACAUACAGGAAAUUUAAGCUCACAGUCUAGACGUUUCAAUUUACUCUGAACAACUUCAUUUGCUACAUACAGGGGGAUUGAAUAAAGUUAAAAUGGCACGAACAAUAUUUUUGUUAUAUGUUUUUACGCAACAUUUAUUUUGGGGAUCACGUUUUCUAUUAUUUACUGUGUUUUCUGAUUGGCAGUGUGGAUUCUAUUUAAUGGGUUUGGUUACAUUAAAGCCUGUGAGUAUUGCAUAGAACUGUAAUUUAGGCUUUUAGGUUGUACGUUUUAUUAUAAUUUCUUAAUAAAAGUAUGACAUGUA